GAAAAAUUUGAGCACGUUUGGAGGUCGGCAUUCUACUUCCCUGCUAAAACAGCUCUUUCGGUAAAGUUUCGAAAAGCGUGAGAAUUCGAAAUCGUUCAAUUCGUCGGUGGGCUCCGAGCACUCUGUAAUUUUUUUUACAGUAGAUAGAAGUGAAUAGAGUAGAAGUACGUCAUGGAGGAAAUGAGGAAACCUCGCAAAUCCAACUCGUUCAAUUUUAUGCGUCAAUUCAGGGACAAAAACACGCGCGAAUUGAAGAAUUUGACUGCUACUCAAUUCAUGGAAGUGUGGAGUCACUAUGACAAGGAUGGGAACGGUUUCAUCGAAGGGAGGGAACUGGACAAAUUCUUAAGGGAAUUCGUUUCCAGCGUCAACUUCAAUGAUGUAGAACCGGAGCGAGUCGUAUCUGACUCCAUGAUGGCUGAACUGAAGGAAUGCUUCAUGGAAGCCUACGAUGAUAACAAGGAUGGAAAGAUAGAAAUAAGAGAAUUAGCUCAUUUAUUGCCACUUGAAGAAAGCUUUCUACUUCUGUUCCGUUUUGACAAUCCUUUGGAUUCUAGUGUAGAAUUCAUGAAGAUUUGGCGUGAAUAUGACACGGAUGGCAGCGGAUUCAUAGAAGCAAAUGAAUUAAAGAAUUUCCUGAAAGAUCUGCUGAAGGAAGCAAGAAAAGAAUCAGUUGAUGAAGAUAAACUCAUCGAGUACACAGAUACGCUGCUUCACAUUUUUGACAGCAACAAAGAUGGAAAACUUCAAUUGAGCGAAAUGGCGAGACUUCUGCCGGUGAAAGAAAAUUUCCUCUGCCGCUCUGCCUUCAAGGGUGCAAGCAAAUUGACACGUGAAGACAUUGAAAGGGUAUUUAAUCUCUAUGACAGGGACUGUAAUGGAACUAUAGAGAAUGAAGAACUGAAAGGUUUUUUGAAAGAUCUGUUAGAGCUGGUUAAAAAAGACUAUGAUGCUCAAGAUCUUCAAGAAUUUCAAGAGGCUAUCCUGCGGGGAUGCGACUUCAACAAAGAUGGCAAGAUCAACAAAAAAGAGCUCACCAUGAUUCUUUUGGCCCUGGCCAAACACUCUCAGGAGGAUGAAGUCAAAUAAAUUAGCCAAGAUGUUCGCCAACUUCUCUUCAACAAUCAUUGCGGUGUGUAAAAGCAAAAGCAGGCUAACUUGACGCUCUCUUUCACUUCAUUCGUUCAUCACUAUAUUUUCCUCUCCCUGACCAACUCUAAGAAGACACAAAAUGUCUGUAUUUCACUACUCGGUAUAAUAUUUCUGUCAUAAGACACUCAAAAACCUAUCCGUAAAAGAUACAAAUAUUUGGUAAAAAAAGGUUUCAGAAACGCUUUUAAACUUAUGGCGUAAAUCAAGGAAAAACCUCGAAAACUUUUUCUUUUCUUUUGAAAAGUUUCAAAAACCAAAACUUCCCGAAUCCAUGCUUUCUCAAGUUCAGCCUUGAAAUGAAUUUGAUAACUUUAGUAACAAUUAAUUUCAUAAUGGCUAUUAUUCGUUUUUUCGUUCAGCAACGAUUAAAAAGCAUGUCUCACCCAUCUCACCCACCCCAAGACAGAACAUGUAUGAUAAAGGCUAAUAAAAAUUAAUGCAGUUCAUCGCAGUUGGAAUCGAAAAUUUUGACGAAUAAGCAUAUUGUAAAAAAAAUAUCUUAUCAAAGUAUUAAUGCAUUUUAAACACGAAAAAUUCAGUGGCGCCGGAAUUUUUCAUUGAAAUAUCACAUAAAAAUAUUUCAACAAUCCAAAAAAUAAUUCUGUAAGCACAAAACAAAAACAAAACUUUUCAUACGUAUACAAGCACAAUCUCCUAUUUCUAAGAAAUAUAUGUUUCUCAAACUACAAGCAAAGCUGUUGCAAUGACUAAAAAUAUGCCAUUUUAGAGGGCAUCUUGAAGGGUAAACUUUUGUGUCUUCUCAUAGUUAGCUACCUUUAUCACCGAUCAAGAAACUGCUGUAAAGAUACAGACAAAAAACAUAUAGUUGAUAUUAAUUUUAACAGAAAGGUUAAGGCUUAGUAAUUCCUGAGAUUGUUAUUUAAAAGCAUUUUUUUUUUCAAAGUAUUCUUUGAGUACAUCCCUAAUACUCUUAUUAGAAAUUCUUAUUAGAACUUAUUGGAAACUUGUCUAAACAAUUUGUUGAUCAACAAAUGAAUUGUAAAUGCAUAAUAAAAGUAGUUAAGGAGUUAAGAGUUGGGUCGCUUUUGCAAAAAAAAUCUAUGGCACAAAAUGUGUACUUAAAUACGUGUAUUAUUUAAACAUUGCGAACCCCGAUUUUACGUCAAAUUAUUGCAUGUUUGUUCCGUACUUUAUUAAUAAACAGUUUUAAACUAUGGCUGAUUUCACAUUCGCACUUUUCGUAGAAUACAUUUUGUUCUUAUUACUAUGAUUAUUGAUUGGUAGAAUAUUAUCUCGUUCAAUUUCGGGAAAACAGUUGAAAGAUGGAGUAAAAUAAAAUCUAUAAUAAAUGUUUUUGGUGAGUUUUUUCCCUCAAAUAGUACUUUGAUGAAAAGGUAUUUGUUGUCCAUUUAGAUUUAGCAUUUCUCAAAGCAUUGAAUGUGACGUAAAUGCUGUUAAACAGAAGAAUUUAGAAGUUGAUUGUUUGUGCCUAAAUUAUUAGGAUAUGUGCAGAUGACGGAAUUUCGGGUCGAUGCUGAAGUACGGUUGAGAUUUAGAACUGUGCAAUUCAUUUAGCGGUGCUAUGACGUCAGUAUUGAUAACUGAUGAGACUUUCGUUUGAGUUUUUUGACGGUGCUCAAAUCAACAGAUUAAUCAAAAAAACUGCAAACCACGGAUUCUAGGUUUCUCCCACCAAGCGAUCAAGGACAUGAUUAUCUGCACGUACUGGAUUCACUAACCUUGUUAAGCAAAUGAUUUAGCAAAGACUGAUGUUCCCAUCAAUGUUUCCGAGUAUACUCCCUGUAAUCUAUUAUACACAAUAUGUGUAUGCGAUCAUUUACAUAAUAUGUCUAAAAAAAUAUGGAAGAAUACGGCGUGUAUGGAGUAUACCCUAUGGCCAUUGAUUAGUUUGACUGCGAACCUGUAUUUUUAAUUCUCCAAAGGAGUACAAAAAAAAAAAAAAAAAAAAGAGCUGUUACUUUUCCUUGUUUCCUUGAAAAUCCGCUAAUGGAAUUGAAUAAAUAAGCUGGAGCAGUUGAUUGGAUACAUUGAAAAUUUGCGUGACUUCUGUAUUAAGUAGAUCAUCCAAAUAUGUCAAUGGUGACAAAAUUGAUGAGAUUAAUAGUUGAGCUUAUUAAUGGCCAAGUAUGGAAGCCUGACAACUAUUUUAUAGCUUUCUUGAAACAAAUAUUAAUAAUUAUGAAUGCGGGGAGUACCGGUUAAACACUUGUGAUCAAAGCUUUGAAACUUUUUUUUUUUAAUAUUUUUUUUUUUCGAUUGAUCACAGUGAAUGAUACAUUCACUGAUUGGUUGAGGAUACGUAAGUUAUAGAAGUUUUAAUUAUUUUCAUCUUUCAAUUUUCCAAAAAAAUGUUAAAAUUGCUGAAUCCUACAUUGAAUCAACUGCUAUCGAUUCAAUUCUUGGUGCAUUGAUGUGACAUCGAGGUGUCACGUCAAUGCACCAAGCUAGCGAAUAAAAAUAUCUAAGUGAUAAGUGUAAAAGAAAAUCAAAUGGCAUAUUUAAAAGGGAAAAAAACGUAUGCACUCGUAACAUCUAACCUGUUAAAAGAUUCAGAAGUUUAAAAAUAAAAUCUAAGUGUUCAUUAAUGUUUUUGAAACUGAAAUCAAUGAAUGUAUAAUUGAGUACCUUGUUAGUUCAAAGAACGAAUCUCACAGGAUAUUGUCCGUUGAAAUGGAAAUUAGUUGUUGAUAUUUUAUGCUUUCGGGUGAACUUUUCAUUGAUUAAUAUUAUUCUAUUUCCUUCUGUCGAAAAUGUUUACCUCCAUCGUGCAUAUGCAAAAUUUGAAAAAUCGGGGUUACACUAUUUCUAUUUAUGAUUUUUUUUUCUUUUUUUCAUAUGUGUGUAGGUUAAAAUAUUCAUUGUAGUAUGGGAAAAAAUAUUUUUCAUCUUUAAUAGACUAGAUUCAUCAUCUAAAAAACUAAAACAAAGCUGAGAAUUAAUUCGUAUUAGCCGAAUUCUGAUCAAAUGGUCAUCACAAAAAGCCAAAAAAGAAACUUCUCAAAAAAAACCCUUCAAGAAAAAAUCUUUUUUCUGCAAAAUUUAAAAAAUAAUAAUAAAAUCCUUUAUUGGAAAGCAAAAACUAUCUCAUACUUCAUCAGCAAAUCCCCGAGAAAUGCUCGCAGUUGUAGCUCUUCAAAUAUUAACUUUUCUUUCGCUAUUGAACGUUGCCUUGUGUACUUGAUUUAUUUCUUUUACUAGAAGAAAGAACGCAGGCUGGAAAAUCCAACUGAAGUCACGUUCCGCAGUUAAAAUUGACCGAAUCCAGGAUUUAGCGAAAUAUUUUCAGACAAAGCGGCCUCGGCCAAUUUGUCUUGAAAUCGAAGUAAAUAAUACAGUGGCGAUCAAAAUUGAGGACACCUUUUUUUUUUGUUGUUAACUUUAAAUGCUUUUAAAAGAUGUUAUGAUUCAAAAAAUGCAAACUUGUGUAGAUCAUUUCUUAAAAAAAUUAAUACUGAGCUCAAUUCAGAAAAAAAAACUCAAAUAUUUACAAUACAAAAAUAUAUACAGGCGUCUCUCGUCAAACACGGUACUAGUACAACACGGUUUUGAUACCAAAUUUGCGAUUAUCAUAACACGAUUUCGAUAUCACACGGUACGAAACUUGAAUUCAAUACUUCAUGGUUUUGAUAUAACACGAAAGUUAUGUUUUGAAAAGAUGGAAUUUCAUUUUUGUUUAAUACAUUCUCGUAAUGCUUGAUGAUAACUCUAAUAAGUUUUUACUUUGUUUUUAUGAAACUUGGUUUCGAUACAACACAGUACACAUCACUUGAUUCAUAUUAUUUCUUAGUCUCGUAUAACACGGUUUUGAUACAACACGAUAUUUAUUGACAUGAUUUUUACCAUGUACAUGAUUAAUUAAUGUAAAAAAUUGGUUAGAAAAUUAUUUUUAAAAAGUCUUGUAUAACAUUGUUUCGAUACUACACGGAACGAAUUAACCGUGUUAUACGAAGGACGCCUGUAUAUAUACGCUCUUUGACAAACUCAAUUGUGGAUUGGCUCGUAAGAUCAAAGUUUUCUGGCCAAUUACUGCUCUUGUUAUGUAUUCAAUGUUAAAUUGUUAUUAAAACGAUACGUGCGGGUUUGUAUUUUUCGAAACGUAGCAUUUUCUGAUUAUCCCAAUUAACCAAAAAAACGAAGUUAGCAAAUUUCAGUGGAAAUCGAAGCAAUUUUUACUUUCGGUGCAAAUACAUCGAUAUGACGAUGGCCGUAAAGGGGUGCGUUACCCAUCAUAUUUCUUAAUUCAAGUUCCCCAGGAAUUGAAAUUCAUUUUUAUAGUAAUUAUUGUUGAUGUUGAGCAUUAUUACGAAAAUUGAAUAUUCCCUACGCAGUUACAAAUUCAACGUAUCAAAACUUAGCAAUUUUGAUCAACUAUUUUUUCUACUAUUUAUAUUAUUUUUCUUCUUUUAAACUACUGCUUUCCUAUCUAAACGUUUGCAAGAAAUUUUAGAAGAUGUCAAAUCAUAUAUAUCUUUGAAAUAAUGUUGACUCUAUUAGUGAACUCCGGAAAUUUGUAAGAAACUUGAAUUCAAUAUCAGAAUUUAGUUCUUAUGAAAGAAAAACAAAAAAUUUAUUUUCCGUUAUCGACAGACUUUUCAUUACUCUUUUCAAUAUGCAUAUUGUUGUUGGUAUUUCAUAAAAUGUAUAAUCAUUGAAGCCUUAUGACUUCAGUCAACGUUGAAUAAUCUAAAACGUUGUGUUUUGGAUAUUAGAUGUUUGAAUUCUUCAAGUACAAUCUAUUUAUAACAGUUUGUUUUGAUAGUUCUGUAAAUCUUGAGCAUAUAAAGAGUUGUUAUUCACUUAUAAAAAAGUUACUAUGAACAAAUAAGAUGACUCAUUUAUAUUAAGCACAGUUUAGAGUAUGCUUAAAAUGUUGAAAAUGCUGAAAAAGAAAACUUUAUAAAUGAUACAUAUUUUUAUGUGAUUUAAAAUAUUCUAUCAUAUACAUCAUAUUGUAAAGAAUUUCAAAGCCUUACAACAGUGACUACCAAAUCGCGCUCACUGAAAAUCCAAAUUUUUGUAAAUAUAUUUUAGGGCUUCCAAAUCAUUUUAUCAAAUCAUUACAAUAUAUUGCAACAUUGCAAUGAAGUUCUGGGAAAUAGUUUUUUGUUAAAAUGUGCAAAGUGAAAAUAGGAAUUGAAUGAAGCAGAAGGAAAAUAGCUUUCGCCCACCCGUCAAGUUAUUGAGCAGAGAUCAGAAAACUAAUUAGCCAAAAUAAAAUAUAUCAAAACUCACCAGCGCACCCAAAGUUUUUUUCCAAGGAAAGGUUUGGUCCCUGGAGUAACACACAUCACAUGGUACAUCGCAUCCCAUGGUACAUGUAUUAACAGACUGGGAUUGGCAAUAUUGCUUAAACCAAAAGUUCUAGGGGUAGAUUUAACCCUCAGACCUUUUCUAUCCCUGCAUUACAGCCAAGGCGUAAAACCUGACACCUUUCAAAAAAUUUAAUUGAUUUUUUCAAUCCUUUGAAAGUUUUAAUAAAAGCAUUACUACGAAUAAAAAAUAACAAAUAUCUUUGUGAAACAAAUUAAUGAUUAACAAAACAUUGUUUAAAAAAAAUCCAAAAAAAAGAUACAAAGACAAAAAGAUGUGUUUCUGAACAGUAAAUGUAACUAACAUUCAGUAUCCAAAACGAAAGCACACACAGUGAAUUGCAAUUAAAAUGCAAAUAGUUUUUGUUUUGAUUUUGCUCGAAACUAGUAGGGCUAAGGUUAAUAAUAUACUACCAAUUUAUACUACUAAUUGUACUACUAAUUGCUGAAGAAAGCUAAACUGGACUAGUGUCUCUACCACACCUGCUUUCACCACCGAAGUUUCCCCAAGUACAGUACCUAAUCAGGCAGAAAAAUGAUUUUCCAUUUUAUAACGUGCGUGUCAUUUUCCUACUUCUUUCGAAAUUAUUCGGCUAAAGAAGGUUUCCGUGGAAACCUGGUUGUAAAAUUCUGACUUAUAUGACUUAAAUAAUACGAUUGGUCCGAUUUUCGCUUUGCUUCGAAAAGUUUGCUCAUUUUUUUUAUUCCGUAUUAUCAUUGUAUAUAUAUUAUUGCUAAAGGCUGUGUUUUUUUCUGUACGCCAUAGUUUCCUUAAUACUUCAUCAAACGUCAUAAGUAAGGCUUCAUUGCAAAUAUUUUUUUCAUUUCUAUCGGUGAAAAAAUUUCCAACAAUUCACAUUUUGGCUGCUUUUCGAAAAACUACACUUAAAAAACGAAUUUUUGAAUUCCCACCUUCGAACUAGAAAUAACAAGCGCUAUUGAAAACAAAAGGAAACUUUUUAUUGCUUAAUUUUAAAAAAAAUCACUAAAGUUUUCGUUUUCUCUUGACGUGUAUUGAAAAAAAUAUAUUAAGACGAAAGAGAAUGAAAACGGGAAAUCGAGAGAUAGACGCCAUGUUACCCAUAAUCGAUCACUUAUUAAGAAAUAUCAAAGACGAGCCAAUCGAUAUGAUGCAUUUAUCAUUUAAACUUGGAUUUAAUUCCGACUUACCGACGCACUGACUAUACAGCACGUUCCGCAAAGGUCAGCUAUUUAACUAUUCACAGCCAUUUUAUGUGCUUUCGUUUAAAGACAUAGUGUACGGAUCAUUUUUUAUUCAAUAAGAUAUUGAGAUUUGUCAAUGUAAAAUUCAGAGAUUCCAUACUACGUAAAUUUUAUUUCCUUGCUUCUAUGAAAAACGGUUUGGUAGUCACUGUAUCAAAGAAUAUCCAUUUAUAAGGCCUCAUGUGCAUGGUCCUAUUUCUGGAACUUUCUCUUCUCAGUAAGCGCCCCCAAUGCCUUUCCUUUAUUGGUCGUGUGAUAUAUAAACGUACAUCUUACGAAAGUAGAACGUCAUGCAUUAACAUAAUCUAAAUAGUUUUAAUCGAAACUAAUGUUUCCAUUCCUUUAUCUCCAUCUUUUUGGAUCAGUAGGUGAAAUUAGAAGUGAUAGUGCUCUAGCCAUUAACUAGAAUUCCUUGAUAAUAUAGUCUAGGAAUUAAUCUAACGAAGUUUGCAUUUUCUAUGGAUAAAUAAGGCAUCAUUUAGCUCAAAAACAUAUCGAUUUAAAUCGCAUAUCGAAAAAAAUCGAUUGCAUAUCUAUAUUUAGGUUCUUAAAAAAUAAUCCAGUCAGUUUUUGUUAAUUUAUUUUUAUUUUUUAUUUAUUUAUUUAUUUUGAAAAUGUCUUUUGUGGUACAGUAGAAAAUCGAUAUACCGAGCUAAAAGAAACAUUCAAGGAGAAGUUCGUUCUGAAAUUAAAAGGCUAUAAACUAAGCAAGGGUGCAACAAUUUAUUCUGGUAAAAAUGUAAGUUUUAGGUAUUUUGUAGACUAAAGUUCGUGUGAAAUCAACAGUUCCAACUGUUUUUCAGCAAUUUUAGGGUAAAAAAGAAAAAUAUAUGAAAAAGUUACUUUUUUAUUUUUUUUAAUUUAUCCAGAGCGAUAACAGAGAACGUUAGACAGAACUCAAUGUGAUCGCACGCAAGAAUGAUAUUGAUCAAUCAAACUUUUUAACUUUCAUCAAUAUUGCUUGAUUUCGGUUUAAAAAUAGUGAGAAAAAAAUGUCUUUUAAAAAAUGUUUCGCAAAUUAGAUAUUUCAAAAAAAUAAUAAUAAUAAUUUUGUGUUCCGAAAAAUUCAAACAUUAAGUGCUAUUAAUCAUAAACUACUUGUGGAAAAAAUUACUCAAAAAGCGUUUGGUGAGAUAUAAUCCUUACAUCUUAAUAUUCAGACUGUACUAAUUGAUAAUAAGAAUAAAUGAACACUCAGUAAGUUCACCGCUAAACGCAAUGUAACGUGUAUCUCUUACGAAAAAAAUUUUGCUCUUAGUUAUUUAAAAUGUAUUUUUAUUAAUAUUCAGGGAAUAGUUAGUUAAUUAAAUAAUGUAUCGCAAAAUGAACUUGGUAAAAAAUCUUUAAACGUUUCUUUCAUCAUCAAAUUGUCUACGGGUCACACCAAAUGAUGUUUGUUUUAAACAGAACAUAAAGUCGAUCUAUCGAGUUUUUACUGUAUCGUAUUUUCAGUUUGAGGGUGCAUCUUAACCUCCUCUUUGCUUUAAAACAGUUUCAACGUUGUUAAUGGCUUUAUCUCCUCGGAGAAAUGAUAUAUUGUUCAGGUUUCCUCUUUUACAGUAAUAUCUAGUACGUACGUUAAAUAAAAUACAAGCUUUCUGGUGAACAUCAAAGUGAAUGGUUAUUGUGUCUCAAAAUGAUGUUAAGUUUUGCUUGUGAAGUGUUACAUAUGCUUGUACGCACAAAUGGCUGUGUUGAUUUCUUGUUAUAAAAUGUUAUUUUACGUUUGUUUCUGCAUAAAUGUGAAAUGAAAAUUCUUCCUUACGCUGUAGAUCUGUAGUUGAAUAAAAUCGUAUUUUUAUUUAUUAUUAAAAAGUUA